UCCAGCUUUUUUUUCCAAUUUGGCAUCACCUACAUUAUUCUUUCCUUCUGAUAUUUGUCCAUAGUGAAUUUUUACCAUAAUGUUAAGAUCUGCAAACCAAGGCUUAGUGAGAAAUAGUAUCAAACUAAGAAAUACUUCCUGGAAUGCAUUUGAAUCUGCCAAGAACUUCUAUUCAACUAAAGCUGACUCAGAAGAGGAAGAUAGAAAGAUACCAACACUUUCAGCACGUUUAGGAGCUGGCAGAGGCAAGCUAUUGGAUAGCAACAGCGAUGACCCAUUUGCAUCUUUUUUAGCAGCAGCACAAAAACAUAAACGAAAUAAUAAUCAACGUAAUGGAAACUUUACUCCACGUAAUAAUAAUCAGCGUAACGGAAGCUUCAUUCCACGUAACAAUAACAAUAACACAAGACGAUUUAACAAUAAGAACGAGCCCAAGGAAGGCCAGUUUGAUGAUGCAGUUGAUGUAAAGGCAGAAGGAGAGCAGAGACAAUCCAGACGCCCUCAGCAACGUCAGCAGCAAAAUAAUAGACGACCAAUGAAUAGUGCUAACGACAAUAGAUACAAAAACAACAACAACAAUAAUAAUAAUAAUAAUAAUAAGUUGAGAGCCAAGGGUGGCAACAACAAUAGACAGACACCCUUUUCAAAGAGGCAACCUCAAGAAAUACGACAAAUAAAAGAAACAGAAUUUGACGAUGCAGAUGAUAUUGAUUGGUCAUUACUUGAUACCACUCCUCUAGCUAACAUCACAGCUGCCACAACCAUGGUAGAUAAACCAGAAGCAGAAACGCCAACCGAAAAGGUUCCGGUAAAGGACAUCGAUUACGUAAAAUACUAUGAGAUCGGCUCAGGCCUGAAAUGGUCCAAACAGGUGAAAGCCGAAAAUAUUAACCAACUUAUCAGUAGUAAUGCAACGUUAGAUUAUGAUCAAAAGACUGCUUUCUUAUCGACUGUUGCCAAAAUGACCAAUGGAGAGAUUAUAAAAGCAGCAGCCAAAUAAAAAUUGAGAUCCUUUUAACCCCUGAA